CUUGUUCCAUUUCAUUUGCCGUCUGGCAGAAUUUCGCAGAAUUUACAAAGCGCAAUGACGUUCGGUUGAGGACGGUGGUUUGUCCUCGUCGGCCGCGUAGUCUAGCGAAUUUUGUGAUUGUAUCUGCUGCCGGCCCUAAAGCCGCUUUUCGCCAUGGCGGACGAGGAAAAUAAUUGUGAUGAUGGUGGUGGUGAAGUUCGGGUAGACCAGGCCUUUCGGCUCCGCGGCCGUAAGGGUGCCCUGAAGAAGAAGAAUGUUUAUCUUGUAAAGGAUCACAAGUUCAUGCCGAGAUUCUUCAAGCAGCCCACCUUCUGUUCCCACUGCAAGGAUUUCAUAUGGGGCUUUGGAAAACAAGGAUUCCAGUGUCAAGUAUGCAGCUUCGUGGUGCACAAGAGAUGCCACGAGUACGUCACCUUCACGUGUCCCGGCGCCGACAAAGGGGCAGAUUCAGACGACACUCGCACUCGGCACAACUUCCGCAAUCACACAUACUCGUCCCCGACGUUCUGCGACCACUGCGGGUCGCUGCUGUACGGCCUCAUCCACCAGGGCCUCAAGUGUCAAGCAUGUGACAUGAACGUUCAUAAACGAUGCGAAGAGUCGGUGCCGAACUUGUGCGGUUGUGACCACACCGAAAGACGAGGGAGAGUACAACUCGUGGUGUCCUGUGUUGGAAACAAGCUGACUGUUGAAGUGAAGCAAGGCCGCAACCUUAUCCCAAUGGACCCCAACGGUCUAUCCGACCCGUACGUCAAGAUGAAGCUGAUCCCUGACUCGGACAAUGUGAAGAGAAAAACGAAGACCAUUCGCAGCACGCUCAACCCCGUGUGGAACGAGACCUUGUCCUUCGACUUGAAGGCCGAGGAUAAAGAUCGCAGGCUGCUCAUCGAGGUGUGGGACUGGGACCGCACAUCCCGCAACGACUUCAUGGGCUCUCUCUCCUUUGGCAUCUCCGAGCUGAUGAAGGCACCCGCCGAGGGCUGGUUCAAACUGCUCACCCAAGAAGAGGGAGAGUUCUACAACGUUCCAGUACCAGAGGAAGGAACUGACCUAGCUCAAUUGAAGACUCAGAUGAGAGCCACCAGCGUGGGAGCACGUAGGGCUCCCCCGCCGCCGGAUAGGGAAGUCCCGCACAACAUGGCGGCCGCUGACGUCAUCAGAGCAUCAGAUUUCAAUUUUAUUAUGGUGCUCGGGAAGGGAUCCUUUGGUAAGGUGAUGCUGGCAGAACGUCGUGGUACCGACGAGUUGUAUGCCAUUAAGAUCCUGAAGAAGGACAUCAUUAUCCAGGACGAUGACGUGGAGUGCACCAUGGUGGAGAAGCGAGUGUUGGCUCUCAGCAGCAAGCCGCCAUUUUUGGUCCAACUGCAUUCCUGCUUCCAGACCAUGGACCGGCUGUACUUCGUGAUGGAGUACGUGAACGGCGGAGAUCUGAUGUUCCAGAUCCAACAGUGCGGGAAAUUCAAGGAGCCUGUGGCCGUGUUCUACGCAUCAGAGAUCGCUAUCGGGCUGUUCUUCCUGCAUUCCCGCGGGAUCGUGUACCGGGAUCUGAAGCUGGAUAACGUUCUUCUCGAUCAAGACGGCCAUAUUAAGAUCGCUGACUUCGGAAUGUGCAAGGAGGGCAUCACCGGCGACAAAACAACCAAGACCUUCUGCGGCACACCGGACUACAUCGCGCCGGAGAUCAUCUUAUACCAGCCGUACGGGAAGUCCGUUGAUUGGUGGGCGUAUGGCGUACUGUUGUAUGAAAUGCUUGUGGGUCAACCACCUUUCGAUGGAGAAGACGAGGAAGAACUGUUCGCUGCGAUCACCGAUAAUAGUGUGUCGUAUCCGAAGACUUUGAGCAAGGAAGCGAAAGACGCGUGCAAGGCGUUCCUCACCAAGAACCCGGUGAAGCGGCUCGGCUGCGGCGCGCGCGGCGAGGAGGACGUGCGCACGCACCCGUUCUUCCGCCGCAUCGACUGGGCGCGCAUCGAGGCCAGGGACGUUCAGCCGCCCUUCAAGCCCAAGAUCAAACAUCGCAAGGACGUGUCGAACUUCGACAAGCAGUUCACCCAAGAGAAGACGGAACUGACGCCCACCGACAAGCUGUUCAUGAUGAACCUCGACCAGACAGAGUUCAUGGGCUUCUCGUUCCUCAACCCGGAGUUUGUGCAGCACGUGUGAACGAACCAGGGUCGAACCACUCUUUUCUCAUCAUAGGAGCUGACUUAGCGCCAAAAGCCCCGUAAGGUUUCGAGGCGCGAACUCUUCUCUUCACUGUCGACUGUCUCUGUCAUUCAAACGACACCAGUCGUUUGCUAUCUCGCUCAUUCUCGAAUUAAGUUCGGAUUUAUGAUCUGUGAAGUAUUAUCUUGAAUGGGAAUAUGGUACGAAUUAUAAAGCUACUAUCUGGAGGAAAAAUCGAUGAAAUGCUCAUUCCCGUAUUAUUUUUAAUGUACACUGUACUACUUCUUAGAAAUUUCUCAUUUUCCAUCCAAUACGACAUGACUUGAAAUCUUAAUGUAAGUUAGUGUUUUCGCAAUAAUUUAUUUAUUUAACCUGCAAUAAUAUUGCAAUUGAUAUCUCAACGAAUUUACAAAGCAAUAUUAUACGCGUGAAAAUUUGUUAUUUAGUUGCCGCGCUCUCUAUUACUCUUGCGAAGUUGGCAUUACUGUUAAAAUGAAAAAAAAAAAUAUUGCAUUCUCUGCUUUUUAAUUUUAGAAUCUCGUUCCGUGUUAACUAAAUAUAUCAUUAUCUUGGGGCCACUUAAUAGGUUUACUCGCUCACUCGGCGUGAUUGCCGUUGAAUAUAAUGCCUUAUGACGACGGAAUGAAGUUUAGAAAGGCAUGAUCAUUGACCAACGGUGAACUGCGUUUAGUUUUCAUCUUAACACAUAUCAGUGUUGUAAAUAGUGUUGUCGUGUCGUGUGGAUGGCAGUUCGCUAGAGUUAUCGAUAUUCUUAUCGUUAUUUUUAUCGAUAUUUCAAAACUCACAAUUUAAUGAAUCUCGUAUUGCAUUCAUUACUUAUUUGUUAAUAGUUUAUUUAUUUUUGUAAUUGGCCGUUUUUUGUAAAAUAAGUCUUCACUGAUUUUAUGAUUUAUUUUCAUGAGACAAAAAGUUCUUGAUGAGUUUCUUACAAUGUAAAACAGUGGAGGAUUGUAAAAAAAAUGCAUUUUUUUUGUAUUGCGAAAGUAUUUUCUUUUUAUUGUGGCCAAAGAGUAUUAUUUACUUAUUUAUUUACAGAACGAUUUAAUUGUCAAGCUGUUGCAUUAAGUUUUAAAUGUCUUUAAUAACGUUAAUUUAUUUUGUUAUUCUAAUUUUAUUGUGAUUUAAUUUUGUGAUGAUUGGUGUAUAUGUGUUUUUUUCACUUGUGUGCGUGGAUGGUUGUAUUUUAAAGUGUACGAUGUUUUUGAUCAAUUGCCAAUUUAUGUCGUUAUUAGACGAUGUAGAGGAUACCUUCCUUUCUAAUAUCCUUAACUAUUAUUUACUAUUUUAAUUCAGUUAUUUUGAAGCUGGACAAAUCAAAGCAAAGGUAAUGGCGCGUCCGCAAGAAAAUGGGAGCUGCCAGAAUAUAUUUUCUUUAUAUAAAAUUUUAAAAAUACUGUAGACGAUCCCUCGUCAGUCUUAAGUUAGCUCUUUUCCUACAAAUUACCAGUAAAAGACAGUGUUAUAGUAAGAACCGUCUAAUAACGCCAUAAAACGCAGCUCAAGCUGCCAAUAUUCGUCUACUAAAAUAGCCUUACUAACUUAGUAUUAUCGCUAAUAAAAAUACAUUUAAAAAUUUAACACUUUAUUAGAUUAAAAAUGUGAAUUUAAAAUGAGAAAGCAUUUGAUUCUAAAUUGAAUUGUAAUAAAAUGACAUUUUAGAAGUUUUAAUUUUUUUUCAAGUGAUUCAUUUUGGAGGUGUUAUUAAAG